AUGGGGGAAGUCUCCGAUGCAAGAUUUGAUUUUAUAUCAGAGUACAUUCUGAAAAGCUACAAACUGAAGCCGGACAAAUGGGCCAAAUGCAUAGGUGUCGAAGACAACAAGCUUCUCAUUCAAGAAUUCCUUGAAAAAGCCGACAUUCCACAGGUUGUCUUCACGGUAAAUUCUGCCGGUUUGAUCACGCCGUCAUCCGAAUUUCCAGAGACCCUGAAAAACAGCAAAGCGAUCUAUUUCAUCAAGAAGAACAAGGAGGCCCUCGGAAAGGACAACUUCAAACAGAACUUAGUGUAUGGUGAUCUGUCGUAUUCACCAUUGGAACAGCUUUCUGCCCUUGUCGACGAGGUGCUUGUGCCUCUGUUAGCCAACCCGAGGAACCAUGAACAGUGGCCUUACGUUGUAUCUCAAGAUGUACUGCGACACGUCCACAACCUCAAGAGCAGUGUGUAUGUAGUGGCUGGCCAGGUGAAGGGCAAAACACUCCUACCACUCCCUGUGGGCUCCGAGAAAGUGGAGACCGCUGCUGAAGCAGAAGAGAAGGAUGAUUCCUAUGAUCGAAGCUUGGUGCAUUCCAUUGAGUCUGUCAUCAUUGAUUGGACACAUCAGAUCCGAGAUGUGCUCAAGAGAGACUCAGCCCAGCCCCUACUGGAAGGUCUCAACCCAGGGCCUUUUGUGGAGAUCCAAUUCUGGAAGGCCAAGUGUGAGAAUCUAGAAUGCAUCUUCCAACAGUUGCGUGAUCCCAAGGUUCGUAAGAUGAAAGAACUCCUUGAGAGAACAGAGAGCAGCUACCUGCCAUCCUUCAAGAACAUUGAGAGGGAUGUGGAAGCGGCGUUGACCGAGGCCCAGGACAUCACUAUGUACCUGAAACCUCUUGGAAGUCACAUUGAGGGUUUUGAGGAGGUGGACUUCCCUGAGCUACUACCCAAGCUAGGCCCUCUGAUGCACGUGGUCUGCCUGAUCUGGAGUAACUCCGAGUACUACAACACAGCACCCAGAAUCAUCGUUCUACUGCAGGAGAUUUGCAAUUCACUCAUUGACAGUUGUCGCAAUUUCCUGUCUCCUGAUGAGAUCUUCAAAAUGGAAUGCGAGGAAUCCCUGGAGAAAGUGAAGGGCGCCCUCGCUGUGCUGCGAGGUUACAAGAACCUGUAUGACGACCACCGCGCUAAGCUGAAGGACUACUUCAAGGAAGGCAGGGAACCCAUCCUGUGGGAGUUUGCUCCCUCCAUGGUCUUUGCUCGCAUGGACAAGUUCUUGGAGAGGUUGGAGAUACUGGAGAAACUGUUUGAGACCAACGUCGAGUUCAGCAAGCUGGAGAAAACCGAGAUGGGAGGCAUGAAGGGACGGAUGCUGAGCGUACAGGUGGAGAAGAUCCAUGAGGAAUUCCUGGAGUAUGUCAAGGUGUUUGCUGAGCGGAGCUAUGAUGGCCUAGAUCCACAGUGCCAGGAGUUUAUUGAUGACUAUGAAGUCUUUGAGAAGCAAGUGUAUGAUCUAGACCGACGUCUGGGAGCCAUUCUAUGCCAAGGCUUUGAUGACUGCGCAGGACUAGAAUCUGUCUUUAAGAUGCUAGACUGCUACGGGCCGAUGCUAGACCGGCCAGUCAUCAAGGACGACUUUGAGCCCAAGUAUCCAAUCCUCCUUGCCAUGUUUGAUGAGGACCUAGACAAGGCUAAGGAGGUCUAUGACAAACAGAUGACAUGCAUUGACAAGAUGGACGGCCGGCCGCCUCUCAAUAAGAACAUGCCGGAGGUAGGCGGAUCACUCAAGUGGUCCAAGGAGUUAGAACAUCGCAUCAGUAACCCAAUGGCAAGCUUCAAGCACGUAGAACACCCAACCGGAGUCAGGAGGAUUAUCCAGUCUGAUGAGGCAACAACAAUCUUCACAAAGUAUGAAGAAAUGAUGGACCUCUUGGGCAAAUACAAUGACAAUGCUUACAAGGAAUGGACAGCAGGCGUGGAUGAGAUCUGUAAAGUCAACCUGAAUCAAGCGCUCAUCAAUCGCAACAAGGACAACGACCUUAUUGCCGUCAAUUUUGAUCCUAAGCUUGUUGCAGUGCUUCGGGAAGUCAAAUAUCUCCUCAUAAGAGGGCAUGAGAGUAUUCCAGAAAGCGCAGCCGGAAUCUACAGCAAGCAUGAGACGCUGCGAAAGUUCAACGCCAACUUGGACCUGACGGUGGCCUGGUACAACAAAGUACGAGAGAACGUCUUGGAAGUAGAGUUCCCGUUAGUUGAGGGUCAGUUGGUGUCGAUUGACCAGCAACUGAAGCGGGCCGAGGAGACCUUGAGCUGGGAAGGCGAGGGCGUCUGGGAGUAUAUCCAGGAGACGCGAGACCACGUACAUGACUUGGAGAAGAGAGUCCAGCGGGCCAAGGACAAUGUGGACCUGAUUAAGAAGAUCAUGGAGGAAUGGUCUAAGACGCCGCUGUUUGAGCGUAAGGAGUUGAAGGACUCGGCGCUGCUUGCCCUUGAUGAUCGGGAAGAGAGGAUGAACAAGAGAUACGGGGACAUCACUGCUUCCGGCGAGAGAAUACAUACACUUGUGAAGGAAAAUUGUGAGCUGUUCAAGGCCGACUCAACUACAGACAUCUGGAAGGCAUACAUCGACUACGUUGACGAUAUGUUGGUGGAUGGGUUCUUUGCAUGCAUCAACUGUAGCAUGACCUACAUGUUGGAAAACACAGACACCAAGUGCAUAUCACCUCUCUUUGAGGCCAAGCUUGAACUACAGGCUCCAGACAUGGUCUUUGUGCCGUCCUUAGACUACGGUAUUGCCGCCGGCUUCUAUGACCUGGUUGAGAUGCUUAUCAGUGAUAUCUACAAGAUGGCGUCCCUCGUCAAGAGGCUUGCAGAGCACAACGGCUCAGAACAUUAUCAGAGUGACUUGGAGGAGAUGUUGGAUCUAUCCGACAUGCGUCAGGAGCUGAUGGACAGGGUCAACACCAUCAUGAACAAGGCUCAGGAAUACCGUAACUCCUUUGACAACUACGCCUACCUGUGGGUGGACGAUCGUAAGGAGUUCAUGCGACAGUUCCUGCUGUACAACCACGUCUUGACUACGGAGGAGAUUGAGGCACAUGCUGAGGAUGGGGUGCCUGAAUGCCCGCCUACUCUGGACCAGUUUAAAGAGCAGGUGGAUUCCUAUGAGAAGAUCUACAGUGAGGUUGAUGAGAUCGGUGCCAUCCACGUCUUUGAUACCUGGUUCCGUGUGGAUGGUAGACCCUUCAAACAGGCUCUGCUGAACAUCAUCAAGAAAUGGAGCUUCAUGUUCAAGCAGCACCUGAUUGAUCAUGUGACCAACAGCCUAAGCGAGCUUCAGGACUUCAUCAAGAUGGCCAACACCGGCCUGACUAACCCUGUAGAAGAAGGUGACUAUACCGGCCUGGUGGACUGCAUGGGUCAUCUGAUGGCUGUCAAGGAUCGGCAAUCAGCUACUGAUGAGAUGUUUGAACCACUCAAACAGACAAUUGAGCUGCUUAAGACUUACGAUCAGGAGAUGCCUGAGGAGGUCCAUACACAGCUGCAGGAGUUACCCGAGCAGUGGAACAACACCAAGAAGAUUGCCAUUACAGUCAAGCAGCAGGUAGCACCCCUACAAGCCAAUGAAGUCUCCAUCAUUCGCAGGAAGUGCACAUCAUUUGAUGUUAAGCAGCAUGAGUUCAGAGAAAGAUUCCGCAAGGAAGCUCCAUUCCUGUUUGAUUUCGAAGAUCCAUACAGGGCUCUCGAUGAGUGUCACAUGACCAUCUUUGAGAUGGAGAAGCUGAUGGCAGAGCUGCAGGAAUCCGCCAGUCUGUUUGAGGUCAACGUGGCUGACUACAAACAGCUCAAAGCUUGCCGCAAGGAAGUACGAUUACUCAAGACACUCUGGGAUAUGAUUGUCAUCGUACGCUCCAGCAUUGAUGACUGGAAGACCACCCUCUGGCAACAGAUCAACGUGGAGCAGAUGGAGAUCGACUGCAAGAAGUUUGCCAAGGACAUCCGUUCCUUGGACAAGGAGAUGAGAGCCUGGGAUGCCUACGGUGGUCUGGAGUCCACAGUCAAGAACAUGCUGACGUCACUGAGAGCUGUCAGUGAGUUGCAGAACCCGGCUAUCAGAGAUCGCCAUUGGCAGCAACUCAUGCAGGCCACAAAGGUGAAGUUCCUUAUGGACGAGGAGACCACCCUAUCAGACCUGCUUGCAUUGAACCUGCACAACUUUGAAGACGAGGUGCGUAACAUCGUAGACAAAGCGGUCAAGGAGAUGAGUAUGGAGAAAGUCUUGAAGGAGCUGGAUACUACCUGGUCUACCAUGGAGUUUGAGUACGACAAGCAUCCACGCACGGGUAUCCCAUUGCUACGCUCCAGUGAGGAACUGAUCGAAACGCUUGAAGACAACCAGGUCCAACUUCAGAACCUAAUGACCUCCAAGUACAUCGCUCACUUCCUUGAAGAAGUCUCCGGUUGGCAGAAGAAACUCUCCAUCGCUGACUCUGUCAUCAGCAUCUGGUUUGAGGUCCAGCGGACCUGGUCCCAUCUGGAGAGCAUCUUCAUCGGGUCUGAGGACAUCCGUAAUCAGCUACCCGAGGACUCCAAGAGAUUUGACGGAAUCGACACGGACUUUAAGGAUCUGAUGAACGAUGCUGAGAAGACACCAAAUGUUGUCCAGGCCACCAACAAAGACGGGCUGUUCGAGAGAUUGGAAUCUCUGCAAGCAAAGCUGACCAUCUGUGAGAAGGCAUUGGCUGAGUAUCUGGAGACCAAACGUCUUGCCUUCCCAAGAUUCUACUUUGUGUCUUCAGCUGAUCUGCUGGACAUCUUAUCCCAAGGCAACAACCCCACACUGGUUCAACGUCAUCUUGCUAAGCUGUUUGAUAACACCGCUAAGCUGAAGUUCCAGCAGGACGAUGAAGGCAAUGACACCAAGGAAGCACUGGGCAUGUACAGCAAGGAAGGAGAGUAUGUGGACUUUGAUGCUCCCUGCGAGUGCUCCGGUCAGGUUGAGGUGUGGCUGAAUCGUUUGAUGGACACCUCCCGCUCCACCGUCAAAAAUCUCUUCAACGAGGGAGUCAACACCUACGAGGAGAAACCCAGGGAGCAAUGGCUGUAUGACUUCCCUGCUCAGGUGGCUCUGGCGUCGACUCAGGUCUGGUGGUCCACUGAGGUCAGCAUUGCUUUCGCUAGGCUGGAGGAAGGCCAUGAGAACGCCAUGAAGGAAUACAACAAGAAACAGGUCCAGCAGCUGAACACACUCAUCAACUUACUGAUUGGUGACUUGUCUAAGGGAGACAGGCAGAAGAUCAUGACUAUCUGUACCAUCGAUGUGCACGCCCGUGACGUAGUCGCUAAACUGGUCUUAAACAAGGUUGAGAACUCGCAGGCCUUCCAGUGGCUCAGCCAGCUCCGCCAUCGCUGGGACGAUGACAAGAAAGAGUGCUACGCCAACAUCUGUGAUGCCCAAUUCCACUACUCCUAUGAGUAUCUGGGCAACACCCCUCGUCUUGUCAUUACCCCACUCACUGAUAGAUGCUACAUCACCUUGACCCAGUCCCUCCAUCUGAUCAUGAGUGGCGCUCCAGCAGGACCAGCUGGUACCGGCAAGACAGAGACUACCAAGGAUCUUGGCCGGGCCUUGGGUAUCAUGGUCUAUGUCUUCAACUGCUCCGAACAGAUGGACUACAAGUCCUGUGGUAAUAUCUACAAGGGUCUGUCUCAGACUGGUGCCUGGGGCUGCUUUGAUGAGUUCAAUCGUAUCUCGGUGGAAGUACUGUCUGUAGUAGCAGUCCAGGUCAAGUGUGUACAGGAUGCCAUCCGAGACAAGAAGUCCCGCUUCAACUUCCAAGGCACAGAGAUCUCCAUGGUGCCUACUGUGGGGAUCUUCAUCACCAUGAAUCCUGGCUACGCUGGCCGGACAGAGCUGCCCGAAAACCUCAAAGCACUCUUCAGGCCCUGUGCUAUGGUGGUGCCAGACUUUGAGCUGAUCUGUGAGAUCAUGUUGGUGUCUGAGGGUUUCCUGGAGGCCCGUCUGCUUGCUCGCAAGUUUAUCACGCUGUACACUCUGUGUAAAGAGCUACUGUCCAAACAGGAUCACUACGAUUGGGGUCUGCGUGCCAUCAAAUCCGUCCUAGUGGUGGCCGGUUCCCUCAAACGCAGUGACAAACAGCGUCCUGAAGACCAAGUGUUGAUGCGAGCUCUGCGUGACUUCAACAUCCCCAAGAUUGUCACGGACGACAUGCCAGUCUUCAUGGGCUUGAUCGGGGACCUGUUCCCGUCCCUGGACGUCCCCCGUAAACGUCAGAUGGACUUUGAGAAGCUGGUCAAGAAGUCCACCCUUGAUCUCAAGUUGCAAGCUGAGGAUAAUUUCAUCUUGAAGGUGGUUCAGUUGGAGGAGCUGUUGGCUGUCAGACACUCUGUGUUUGUCAUUGGUAAUGCUGGCACUGGCAAGAGCAAGGUAUUGAAGGUGUUGAAUCGUACCUACUUCAACCAGAAGCAGAAGCCAAUCAUGCAGAUCCUAAACCCUAAAGCUGUGACCAAUGAUGAGCUGUUUGGCAUCAUCAACCCAGCUACUAGAGAAUGGAAAGACGGUCUGUUUUCUGUGAUCAUGCGAGACAUGAGUAACAUCACCCACGAGUACAACAAGUGGAUCGUUCUUGACGGUGACAUUGAUCCAAUGUGGAUCGAGUCACUCAAUACCGUCAUGGAUGACAAUAAGGUCUUGACCCUCGCCAGUAACGAGCGUAUCCCCCUGUCUCCCUCCAUGCGUUUGCUGUUCGAGAUCAGUCACUUGCGGACUGCCACUCCUGCCACCGUGUCUAGGGCUGGCAUCCUGUACAUCAACCCGUCUGAUCUGGGCUGGAACCCGGUUGUGACCAGCUGGAUCGAGACCAGGGAAGUACAGUCUGAGCGUGCCAACCUGACCAUUCUCUUUGAUAAGUAUCUUCCAGCUGUCCUGGACACUCUCAGGAUCCGAUUCAAGAAAAUCAUUCCCAUUCCAGAGCAAAGUAUGGUCCAGAUGUUGUGCUACUUGUUGGAGGUGCUUCUGACACCAGAAAACACCCCACCUGACUGUCCUAAGGAACUCUAUGAACUCUACUUUGUCUUUGCUUGCGUCUGGGCCUUCGGUGGUGCCAUGUUCCAAGAUCAGUUGGUUGACAACCGUGUGGAGUUCAGCAAAUGGUGGGUGACUGAAUUCAAGACUAUCAAGUUCCCUGGCCAGGGGACCGUCUUUGAUUACUACAUCGACCCUAGCUCCAAGAAAUUCACCCCAUGGACCGAGAUGGUGCCAAAGUUUGAGUUGGACCCUGAAAUUCCUCUUCAGGCUGUGUUGGUGCACACUGCAGAAACCACACGCGUUCGUUACUUCAUGGAUUUGUUGAUGGCUAACGGCCGGCCAGUCAUGCUGGUCAGUAACGCCGGUCUAGGCAAGAGUGUACUGGUUGGGGAUAAGCUGAAUGCACUGUCUGAGGACUACAUGGUGGCCAACGUGCCAUUCAACUACUACACCACCUCAGAGAUGUUGCAAGGUGUCUUGGAGAAGCCCUUGGAGAAGAAAGCCGGUCGCAACUUUGGUCCUCCAGGAACCAAGACGCUCGUCUACUUCAUUGACGACAUGAACAUGCCUGAAGUGGACACCUACGGCACCGUGCAGCCCCACACGCUGAUCCGCCAACACAUGGACUACAAGUGUUGGUACGAUCGCACCAAGCUGUCGCUGAAGGAGAUUCACAACUGCCAGUAUGUGUCUUGCAUGAACCCUACAGCUGGUAGCUUCACUAUCAACUCCAGACUCCAGCGCCAUUUCUGUGUCUUUGCCCUGAGUUUCCCCGGUGCGGACGCCUUACAGCACAUCUACAGCAGCAUCCUGAGCCAGCAUCUAGCUAUGAUCACUGCUCCACAGGUCAUCCAGAAGAUGGCCGUCACUGUGGUCAAUGCUGCCCUAGAUCUACACAAGAAGGUUGCUCAGACAUUCCUGCCUACUGCCGUCAAAUUCCACUACGUCUUCAACCUGAGAGAUCUGUCCAACAUCUUCCAGGGGCUGCUCUACUCCACCCCUGACUGCUUGAAAGCGCCGGUGGAUUUUGUACGGCUCUGGCAACACGAAGCCACCCGAGUCUACGGUGACAAGAUGAUUGAUGACAAGGAUAUUGAGACCUUUAGCAAAACAGUGCAGGACUUCAGCAAGAAAUUCUUCGAGGACGUGGAUGAGCAAGCCAUGAAUGCCAAGCCUAACAUCUACUGCCACUUCGCCAGUGGUAUGGGUGACCCCAAGUAUCUAGCCAUACCUGACUGGCCUGAUCUGAGCAAGCUACUGGCCGAGGCUUUGGACAGCUACAAUGAGAUCAAUGCUGUCAUGAACCUGGUGCUGUUUGAAGACGCCAUGCAGCAUGUUUGUCGCAUCAAUCGUAUCUUGGAGUCCCCUCGAGGCAAUGCUCUCCUAGUCGGUGUGGGAGGCAGUGGCAAGCAGAGUCUGGCUCGAUUAGCCGCCUACAUCAGCAGCUUGGAAGUCUUCCAGAUCACACUCAGGAAAGGCUACGGGAUCCCAGAUCUCAAGCUUGAUCUAGCCACGACCUGCCUCAAAGCUGGUCUCAAGAAUAUCGGCACUGUCUUCCUGAUGACUGACGCCCAGGUGGCAGACGAGAAAUUCCUGGUGCUCAUCAACGAUCUGCUGGCCUCGGGAGAGAUCCCCGGCCUACUGGCAGAUGACGAAGUGGAGAACGUCAUCGCGGGGGUCCGCAAUGAGGUCAAGGGUCAAGGUUUGCAGGAUACCAGGGACAACUGCUGGAAGUUCUACAUUGACAGGCUGCGUCGCCAGCUAAAGGUUGUUCUGUGUUUCUCUCCCGUGGGGAACACCCUGCGUGUGCGUGGUCGUAAGUUCCCAGCCAUCACUAACUGUACCAGUAUUGACUGGUUCCAUGAAUGGCCUCAGGAAGCCUUGAUGUCUGUCAGUAGCAGAUUCCUGCAAGAGGUGGAACUUCUGGGGCCUGAGUUGAAAAGCUCAGUGGCCGAGUUUAUGGCCUACGUCCACACCAGCGUCAAUGACAUGAGUAAGAUCUACCUGCAGAAUGAACGUCGCUACAACUACACCACGCCUAAGAGCUUCCUGGAACAGAUCAAGCUGUAUCAGAACCUGCUGGGACAGAAGAGUAAAGAGCUGACAGCAAAGAUGGAACGUCUAGAGAAUGGUCUGACCAAACUACAGAGCACUGCUCAACAGGUCGAUGAUCUGAAAGCCAAGCUGGCCUCCCAGGAGGAGGAGCUCAAGCUCAAGAAUGAAGACGCUGACAAACUGAUCCAGAUCGUCGGCGUGGAGACUGAGAAAGUCAGCAAGGAGAAAGCCAUCGCUGAUGAAGAGGAGAAGAAAGUAGCUGCCAUCAACGAAGCUGUGUCUAAGAAGGCUAGAGAGUGCGAGGAAGACCUGGCCAAGGCUGAACCUGCCCUGAAGGCUGCUCAGGAAGCCUUGAACACUCUCAAUAAGAAUAACCUGACAGAGUUGAAGUCGUUCGGCUCCCCACCUAACCAGGUGGUCAUGGUGGCCGGGGCAGUCAUGGUCCUGCUAGCGCCCAACGGCAAAGUGCCCAAGGACAAGAGCUGGAAAGCCGCUAAGGUCAUGAUGGCCAAGGUGGAUGCCUUCUUGGAUGCGCUCAUCAACUAUGACAAAGAACACAUCCAUGAGAACAGUCUGAAGGCCAUCCGUCCCUACCUGGAUAAUCCAGAAUUUGAUCCAGACUUGAUCCGUAGCAAGUCCAUGGCCGCUGCUGGCUUGAGUUCCUGGGCCCUCAACAUCGUCAAGUUCUAUGAGGUGUACUGUGAUGUGGAACCCAAGCGUCUUGCCUUACAGAAAGCCAACGAUGAGCUCCAGGCAGCUCAGGACAAACUCUCCAUCAUCAAGGCCAAAAUUCAGGAACUUGAUGCCAAUUUGGCCGAGCUGACCGCCAAGUUUGAGAAGGCUACAGGAGACAAGCUGAAAUGCCAACAGGAGGCAGAGGCAACCACGCUGACAAUCACCCUGGCCAACCGUCUGGUGGGUGGCCUAGCCUCAGAGAAUGUACGUUGGGGUGAGGCAGUAGCUGCAUUCAAAGAAGCUGAAAAGACCCUGCCUGGUGAUGUGUUAUUGAUCACUGCCUUUGUGUCGUACAUGGGAUGCUUCACCAAGAGCUUCCGUCUAGAGCUCAUGGACAACAUGUGGCUGCCUUUCAUCAAAUCACAGAAGACCCCAAUCCCUACCACCGAGGGCCUAGAUCCCCUCAGCCUUCUGACAGAUGACGCCUCCAUCGCCAGCUGGAACAACGAGAACCUGCCCAGUGAUCGCAUGUCCACCGAGAACGCAACCAUCCUGUCCAGCUGUGAACGCUGGCCGCUCAUGAUUGAUCCUCAGCUCCAAGGCGUCAAGUGGAUCAAGACCAAAUAUGGAGAAGACCUGCGCGUGGUUCGACUGGGCCAGCGUGGGUACUUGGACGUUAUUGAGCGGGCUAUUUCCAACGGUGACACAGUUCUGAUUGAGAAUAUGGAGGAAUCGGUGGAUCCAGUUCUAGACCCUGUACUUGGACGUAACACCAUCAAGAAAGGACGAUACAUCAAGAUUGGUGAGAAGGAAGUGGAGUACAAUCCGCUCUUCCGUUUGAUCCUUCACACCAAGCUGGCUAAUCCUCACUACAAACCUGAGAUGCAGGCUCAGACCACGCUCAUCAACUUCACUGUCACCCGCGACGGUCUGGAAGACCAGCUAUUGGCUAACGUGGUGGCCCAGGAAAGACCCGACCUGGAAAAACUCAAGUCGGACCUGACUAAGCAACAGAACGACUUCAAGAUUAUCCUUAAGGAGCUAGAAGACAACCUCCUCUCUCGUCUGUCCUCCGCUGAAGGAAACUUCCUGGGUGACACGGCCUUGGUGGAGAACCUAGAGACCACCAAGCGAACGGCCGCUGAGAUUGAGGUCAAAGUUGAAGAGGCAAAAAUCACGGAGGUCAAGAUCAAUGAGGCUAGGGAGCUGUACCGACCUGCUGCUGCCAGAGCCUCGCUGCUGUACUUCAUCCUGAAUGACUUGAACAAGAUCAAUCCUAUCUAUCAGUUCUCUCUCAAGGCGUUCAACGUAGUCUUUUCCAAGGCCAUCGAGAAAGCGGAACCAGCCGAAGACGUCAAGGAACGCGUCAUGAACCUGAUUGAUUUCAUCACUUACUCUGUCUUCAUCUACACCACCAGGGGUCUGUUUGAGCAAGACAAGCUCAUCUUCACCACGCAGGUUGCCCUUCAGAUUCUCCUUAUGAAAAAAGAAAUCAACCCAGUUGAGCUGGAGUUUCUGCUGCGUUUCCCCUCUCAAGUCAACGUCACCAGUCCUGUGGAUUUCUUGUCCAACCCUGCCUGGGGUGCCAUCAAGUCCCUUGCGGCCAUGGAGGAGUUCCGCAAUCUGGACCGUGACAUCGAAGGCUCGGCCAAACGCUGGAAGAAGUUUGUGGAGAGCGAGUGCCCUGAGAAGGAGAAGUUCCCCCAGGAAUGGAAGAACAAAUCUUCCCUGCAGAAACUCUGCAUGAUGCGUGCCUUACGCUCAGACAGAAUGUCCUAUGCAGUCAGAAAUUUCAUCGAGGAGAAGUUGGGCACCAAGUACGUGGAGAACCGUUCCAUAGACUUUUCCAAAUCCUUUGAGGAGACAGGACCAGCUACCCCAGUCUUCUUCAUCUUGUCGCCGGGCGUGGACCCCCUGAAGGACGUAGAGGCCCUGGGCAAGAAGAUUGGCUGGACGUUUGACAACAAGAACUUCCAUAAUGUGUCCUUGGGCCAAGGCCAGGAGAUUGUAGCUGAACAGUGUAUGGAUCUGGCUGCCAAGGAGGGACAUUGGGUCAUCCUACAGAACAUCCACUUGGUAGCCAAGUGGCUGAGCACCCUUGAGAAGAAACUGGAAUCAACCGGCGAGGGAAGUCAUCCUGACUAUCGUGUCUUCAUGAGCGCUGAACCUGCUGGCACACCAGACAACCACAUCAUACCACAGGGUGUCCUUCAAGCCUCCAUCAAGAUCACCAACGAGCCCCCUACCGGCAUGUUUGCCAACCUCCACAAGGCCUUAUAUAACUUUGACCAGGACACGUUGGAGAUGUGCGCCCGGGAGGCUGAAUUCAAGGCUAUCCUCUUCUCUCUCUGCUACUUCCACGCCGUGGUGGCCGAACGUCGUAAGUUUGGUCCCCAAGGCUGGAACCGAGUCUACCCAUUCAACACCGGGGACUUGACUAUCUCUGUCAAUGUGUUGUACAACUACUUGGAGGCAAAUUCUAAGGUACCAUGGGAGGAUCUGCGGUAUUUGUUUGGUGAGAUCAUGUACGGUGGUCACAUCACUGAUGACUGGGAUCGACGUCUGUGUAGGACAUACCUGGAGGAAUACAUGCAGCCUGAUAUGCUUGAUGGUGAGGUAUACCUUGCGCCAGGUUUCCCCAUCCCUCCCAACUCGGAUUACGUCGGCUACCAUCAGUACAUUGAUGAGAUCCUACCCCCAGAGAGCCCCUACUUGUACGGCUUACACCCCAACGCCGAGAUUGGCUUCCUGACUACCACCUCCGACAAUCUCUUCAAGGUGGUACUGGAAAUGCAGCCACGAGACAGUGGGGCCGGGGCAGGGGCUGGCUCCAGCAGAGAGGAGAAGAUCAAGGCCUUACUGGAUGAGAUUGUGGAGAAAUUACCGGAUGAAUUCAACAUGCUGGAAAUCAUGGGGAAAGUGGAGGAGCGGACGCCGUACAUCGUGGUGGCCUUCCAGGAAUGUGAACGCAUGAACACGCUGACUUCAGAAAUCAGACGUUCUCUCAAGGAAUUGGACCUUGGACUGAAGGGCGAGCUUACCAUCACAUCAGACAUGGAGGAUUUGAGCAAUGCCCUAUUCCUGGAUCAAGUGCCAGAGUCUUGGAACAAGCGUGCCUACCCCAGCAUGCUUGGCUUGGCAGGCUGGUACGCAGACCUUCUACUCCGCAUCAAGGAACUAGAGAGCUGGACAGCCGACUUUGCCUUACCCACGGUGGUCUGGCUGGGUGGGUUCUUCAACCCUCAGAGCUUCUUGACGGCUAUCAUGCAGUCCAUGGCACGUAAGAAUGAAUGGCCUCUGGACAAGAUGUGCUUGCAGUGUGACGUGACCAAGAAGAACAAGGAGGAUUUCAGCAGCGCUCCUCGUGAAGGGGCGUACGUCCAUGGCCUAUUCAUGGAAGGAGCUCGCUGGGACACCCAGACAGGAAUGAUCGCUGACGCUCGCUUGAAGGAACUGACUCCAUCGAUGCCAGUUACCUUCAUCCGUGGUAUCUCAGUGGACAAGCAAGAAACACGUAACAUCUAUGAGUGUCCGGUCUACAAGACAAAGCAGCGUGGUCCGACGUUUGUCUGGACCUUCAAUCUCAAGUCCAAGGAGAAGGCUGCUAAGUGGACACUGGCUGGAGUGGCUCUACUUCUCCAAGUCUAAAAGGUAACCUUCUGAAGUACAAAGUCUAAGAAUGCUGAAGGCUAUUCCCACACUAAGGCCAUUUUCAUUUAAGUACUUGGAUUACGGAUUUUUCAGGUCCCGAGGUUGGGCGGGUAGCCAAAAUGUUUUCCAAAAUACACCAAACAUGUGGGGGCGCCCUUUACAACGCGCACAUAAUAGUACGCCCUGUAUUACGACGCAAUCUUCAAUUCUGAAAGUGUUCAACCGAUGUUCCAUUUAAGUGCACAACAAAUUAUCAACAUUUUAUAUAUCAUUCCAAACAAUUGCUUGGAAUCUGUUUUUAAAAUAUUUCAUUGCCAAUGUUUGAAAAGCGCUUGUGUAUCGAUGCAGCUGGUUUCCGUUCAUUCUGCUAAUUCUUAGAACAGUUUUGGUGACGGGAAGCAGUAUACCCACUGCGCGUCACAAAUGCAGAUGAACAUGCAAGAACAUACGAUCAAUCAACAAGCUUAUAGUAAAUCGGUACAUAAUGUACGAUUAUUCCUUUCUCAAUUUUUGGUCUGACGCCACGAUUGCUUGGUUAAAAGUAAAUCAAAAGAUUGUGUUUGCUACUCAAAAGGUGUGAUAUUUCUUUUUUCCAUUAUUAGUUUUUUUAAAUCAAAUUUUUGUGACGGUGACUCUGUAAUCCAUGUUAUUAAAAAAAAAUGGCCUUACUAUCUCUUGUUCUUUAACAGUUAGUUUUAAGCGUCAAGCAUUCUGCAACCUCUUUUUCCGCAUGUUGCAGCCACCUUGGUCUAGAUCCCAGACCUACAUGGAGAUUGCUGUGAAGCUAUCACAACACCAUAUAGGCACCAGGCUAAUCUCUGGCUGAUAGAAAAUCAAAUACCAAGGUUUAAAGAGAGGGUUUAGUGUAACAGUUGUUUUACAGCAUUAUUUACAGUUUUAAAUUUGGGGGUUAAAAAGGGGACCAUUUCAACUUAAGUUUAAAUCAUUCAAAUUUCAGUGCAUUCCAAUUCUAAAUGUUAGCCCAAAAGGUUGCGUGUUGCAUUUUUUUUGAAAGAAACCAAAUGUACAUAGAAUCAGUUGAUGUAAAUAUUUCAAACAUCUGAUAUUCAUAACAUAUUGUGUAUUUUUGCAGUUCUAGUCAAAGGUUUGUUUCAGUUCUUCCAUAGAUGUCAUAACAUACAAACGAUUCUCAUGAGGAGUUUUUAAAAAUCUGAAGGCCCAUUUGCCAUCAUGUGUUAUUCAUGUUUAAUAUGGCUUUGGAAAUUUUAGCUGUUCCUAAUUUCAUAGCAUUCACUACUAAUAUUUGAGGCCAGUUUUGGGAUUUUUGUUUGCCAUAAUUGAUUGCAAUCGUCAUUCACCAGUUUCCUUCUCAUAACUUAUUUACAGAAAAAUAAUUAAUAAGAUGGAAUUAUUUCUGUUCAAUAGUGGGUUUUGCCCUUGACCAACUCAAUAUUACGUCAGUAUUUGUUAUGCCCUCGCAGACAAAAAAUACUAGAGAAAGUACAAGGAGUUUGCUAAUUAAACAUCCUGGCGACGCCCACGUUCACGGUGGGCGAAGUUUAAGUGCUACAUAUAAAUAUGCAAAGUAUUUGUAAGCAUUGACUGUAUUACUCAAUGCCUCAGUGCCGUCCAUUUAGUUACCAUUUAUUGCUUUGAUUUUUAUUACCUUCCACCGACUGAUGCUUUGAAUUGAUACAUUACAGACCACCUGCACUUUUUAAUAUUGCCACUCAAAUACAAGUAUUUAUAUCUUCAAAUUUUAUAUGCCACUGCAGUCCGUCCACAAUUUUAAAAUAAAAUAAUUAUAUUUGUGUCUGUUAUUGAAAAUUUUUUUGGAUUUGAAUUAAGCAGAAGCUGUGCUGGUUGUUCAAUAUGAUGUAUUAAAGUCUCUCUAUGUGUAGUAUUUGCAGUGAUAGAUUUGAAUUCACAGAAGAGUGAUGCAAGUUUUGAAGUAUUCUGCCACCAUUGUGAACAGGACCAAAAUUAUAAUAUAAGGUUAAAGGGUCCAUACGAGGAAUUGUUCUUAGGGACACAUUUUGUGCAACUUUCUACUUCUCUUAAAUGUAUGAACACCUACUGCACAGUCCUCUUUUGGUUAGUCUGAUUGAAAGUGCACUUCUUUAAACCUUUAAAAUUGUCUUUGUUUUUCCUGACUACUGAGGGCGCUGCUGCUGUGAUGUCAUUGUAGGAAGACACUGUUCAGUGUAGGGGUUUAAGUUCUGUUCAAAUUGUGAAGCCACAAUUUGCUCAUUGAAAACAUUUGUAAGAAGGAGUUGCUCAUUGGCUUACUCCCAUGUUCUUACCAGUGUUGGAGUACUUGUACUUGUACUCGAGUACUCAUACUCUAGUACACCCAAGUGCUCAGCCCGUACUUGACUAUCAGUACUCAAAAAUUAUUUGCACUCAGCCCGUACUCGAUUCUUUGUACUCAAAUUUUGCAUGGACUAGAUGGUUUGGUACUCGAUCGGUACUUGACUCCAGUACUCGGGAGUACAAAUCGAGUACAUUUCUUUUUAAUCGAUUCUAUAGCUCGUCCUGGAACGCAACGCCAGCGCAGUUCAGUCUGUAUUACGGUCAUAUAUUAAAACAAAACAUAAAAGACUAGAUCGGCAGCGCGUGCUUACGCCCUCUUCACUGUGCGAUAAAUGUGUGCCAUUUUUGUGGUCUAUCAUGGACGUGCAAAAUAUUAACAUAAAGUCAUACAACAAAAUGUAUCUGUCGUCCAGCACCGAGUUGGUAUGCAUUGCGCACACACGUGCCGCUUUCUGUUUCGGUUUCAAUAAUUAUGUUUUCUGCAAACUUAUAAACCUGUAAACCUUUACAUUGUGUAGGCCAACUACUCAAGAGCAAAUGGUUUUCAGUAAAAGCAUUCGCUUAAUUUUUAUUCAUACAGUUGCGAGUAAAUGCUUACAAAUUGGUAGUAAAUGCAAAUGCAACUUUUCAUUCAUACGAACUAUGGUAUUAUUUUGUACUUUAUAAAUUUUUUAUAUUAAUCUUUCGCAAUUAACAUUAAUAAAUGCACUAAGUUUUGACAAGUAAAUAUUUAAAA